CCUCCAUCCAUUCACCAGCCCGUAGAGCGUCACAGACACACUCCCCCAUAUACUCCAGUGACUUUGAUGCUGCGAAUAAUACCUAUCUGAUUGGAUCAAAUCGGCUUUCUGAUCAGGUUUUUAGGGAAGGAAUCAGGAUUCUCCGCUUCGGUCCUCCAACCCAGCUGCCCUGUUCUCCUUUCAUGCGGUCUCCCUCUCACUGCCUUUUUCUCUGAGCCUCGUUCUAAUUUUGGAAACAUGGAACCUCGGGGAGUGCUCUUUCAAAGCUAUUUACAUCUUUGCUGCUCUUCCUCCUCCUCUAAUUCUCUCUCUGUCCUCUUCAGCAAGGAGGGGAACAGCGAAAAGAUCCUUUGAUGUUACGGAGCAGGGGGAACUUGGCUUCUCCUUCGUCUGGGAAUUUUGUUGUUGUUCGGCUCACAAAAUCAGUCAUCGGGAGGGGAUUGAUAUGAACCUGGUUUUCCUUUGUUGGGAUUUUUGACCCAGACCAGCCACCGCAACAGAAUGAACAAACUUUCCUUCCUUUUGCUAAACACUGAUGGAUAGCUCACCAAGUUCACCAGCCGUUGUCACUGUUUUCAGGAGCCAGCAGAGGAUUUAGGGAGAUCUAUGGAAGCCUGGUCUCUUAUCAUUUACUAUUACUCUAAUCCCCUAAAUCCCAUUGGAGAGAGAACUUCCUGGAAACCAUACCUGCUUUGAAGAAGAAGAGGAAUUAAUUAAGGUGUCGGAGACCAAUCAAAACAACACAAACCAAGCAGCCACAGAAGUCCCAAGCAAAUCUGCGAUCCCAACCGAGGCUGGAUUACGCAAUAAAACACUUGUGCUUGUGUUUUUUUUUUUUAACUUGAUGGGGCAGUUAAGACCUAAUUGAGUAUUUUUGUUCCACAAUCUGUGGCAGAUUUAGCCUCUCUUAAACUAUGCUGCUACAUCUGAGGUGCAGCUGACUGCUUUCCCUUCACCUACUUAAGCAGCAGUUUUUUGUCCUGGCAUGCUGGUGCAUCCCACAGUGACAGGAUUGUGCACCAUGCUGCAGACCAUCUAUGAGACUGAAUCCUGUUUUUCCACUGGCAGCACAGACAGCCGCCACAAGCCUCUGGAGCUCCUCAACGGCAGCAGGGGCACUGGUGCUGACAUGACUGCUGCUGUCUUGGAGGUAAAUAGCAGCCUACCAUCAGGUAUGCAGAGCCCAGUCGAAGAAACAAGUGAGCAACGAGGAGGCGGGGGGGAAGGCGGCGGUGGUUCUGGAGAAGGCCCAGGUGGAGGUGGAUGCCCAGUCGACCUGAGAACAGAGCCCAGGGUGGGGUCUCUGUCUGGUGGCGGAGCAAUGGACACAACCCUGAGAGAGCAACAGCUUCAGCAGGAGCUGGUGCUCCUCAAACAGCAGCAGGAACUCCAGAAACAGCUGCUGUUUGCUGAGUUUCAGAAAAAACAUGAAGUGUUGACAAGACAACAUGAGGUUCAGUUACAAGAGCACCUAAAGCAACAACAGGAGCUGCUGGCAGCAAAACGGCAACAAGAGAUGGAGCACAAAAGGAAACUGGAGCAACAAAGGCACGAAGAACAGGAGAAACAGAGAAUGGAACAACAACUGUUGCUGCUGAGGAACAAAGAGAAAAGCAAAGAGAGCGCCAUUGCCAGCACAGAAGUCAAGCUAAAGCUGCAGGAGUUCCUUCUCAGUAAGAAAGAGCCUGGUCCAGUAGGACUCAACCAUUCCUUCUCCCCAAAGUGCUGGGGAGGCCAGCACACCUCAUUGGAGCAGAGCUCUCCACCUCAGAGUAACACCCCCGGAACCCCUCCCUCCUAUAAACUCCCCUCUCUGCUCGGCAACUAUGAGGGUAAAGAUGACUUCCCUCUCAGAAAGACGGUCUCGGAGCCGAAUCUGAAGGUCCGCUCCAGGUUGAAGCAAAAAGUGGCAGAAAGGCGUAGCUCCCCGCUCCUGCGCAGGAAGGACGGAACCGUCAUCAGCGCCUUCAAGAAAAGGGCCAUUGAGAUAUCAGUUUCCACCCUCUGUAAUAGCGCUCCAGGUUCAGGUCCCAGCAGUCCCAACAGUUCCAACACAGCGAUCGCCAAUGGCAACACGGGAUCAGUCCCCAACAUACAGACUGAGCUGAGAUCUCUUCAUCAGACUCUGGGGGCUGAUGGGACAUUGAGUCAUCUUAGCCUCUACACUUCACCCUCCCUACCCAAUAUCUCCUUAGGCCUUCCAGCCAACACACACAUCACAGCGCCUCAGAAGCUGACCAAUCAGCAAGAGGCAGAACAUCAGGCCAUCCAGUCCUUACGAGGGGGCGGAGCUCUUACGGGAAAGUUCCUCUCAACUUCUUCCAUACCUGCAGGUGCUGCUCAUGAUGUGGAGACUCCGCCCCCCAACUCUCAUUCAGCCCAUUCCUCAUUGCUGCAACAUGUCCUGCUGCUGGAGCAGGCCCGACAACAAACAGCUAUGCUCGGGCCCAUGUACAAUCAAUCACCACUGGUUACUGCAGAAAGAGGCGUCAGCACUGGAAUGCGGCCCAUCACCAAGCUGCCCCGGCAUCGACCAUUGGCUCGCACACAAAGUGCUCCUUUACCCCAGUCACCCCAGGCCCUGCAGCAGCUGGUAGUCCAACAGCAGCACCAGCACUUCCUUGAGAAACACUACAAGAUGUUAUCAAAAGGGGGGGACCUCCCUAGACCACCACCCACUCACCCUGAGGAGAUAGAGGAGGAGCUAACAGAGAACAAUGACAUGCAGGAAGACGAAGGGGCGGGGCAACACAGGCUGCAGAAGGAGGGAUCAGAUGACAGCAGCCAUUCAUCUGAGCGAAUAGGUGUGCACAUAAAGGGGGAGGAGGAGCCCAGGAUAAUGCAUGUAAAAGGCGACAGCACGGAGAGUGAGCUGGAUGAAGAUGAGGAAGAUGAUGAUGUCAUCCAGCUAAGAGAGAGCGAGGAAGAGGAAAGGGGCAGCUACAUGCAGCAGUCUUUGCAGCAUCUGAGUGUGUUUUCGUCCUCGCUGGCCCACAGACCUCUGGGAAGAGCCAAGUCGUCCCCUGCGUCCGCUGUCAAUCCCAUCAAACACCUCUUCACCACCGGAUUGGUAUAUGAUAGCCUAAUGCUGAAACAUCAGUGUGUGUGUGGUAACGCUCACAUCCACCCUGAGCAUGCUGGGAGGGUCCAAAGCAUCUGGUCCAGACUGCAGGAGACUGGUUUACUGAGUCGCUGUGAGAGGAUUCGUGGGAGAAAAGCGUCUCUAGAUGAGAUCCAGUCGGUCCAUUCAGAGUUCCAUACCUUGCUGUAUGGAACUAGCCCGCUCAAUCGCCACAAACUUGACCACAAAAAGCUUUUGGGUCCUAUCAGCCAGAAGAUGUAUGCUGUUCUUCCCUGUGGGGGAAUAGGGGUGGACAGUGACACCGUGUGGAAUGAAAUGCACUCAUCAGCGGCAGUUCGCAUGGCAGUUGGCUCAGUUAUUGAGCUGGCCUUUAAAGUGGCUGCAGGGGAACUAAAGAACGGUUUUGCAGUCGUGCGUCCACCUGGUCACCAUGCUGAGGAAUCCACAGCCAUGGGGUUUUGUUUCUUCAACUCAGUAGCCAUCACUGCCAAGCUGCUGCAGCAGAAGCUAGGAGUGGAAAAGAUCCUGAUUGUGGACUGGGACAUUCACCAUGGCAACGGCACUCAGCAGGCCUUCUACAAUGAUCCAAAUGUUCUCUACAUAUCUCUGCAUCGGUACGAUGAUGGAAACUUCUUUCCUGGCAGUGGAGCACCAGAGGAGGUAGGCUCAGCAGCAGGAGUUGGAUUUAAUGUAAACAUAGCAUGGACUGGAGGGGUGGAGCCUCCUAUGGGUGAUGUGGAGUACCUCACUGCCUUCAGGAGUGUGGUAAUGCCCAUCGCCCAGCAGUUCAGUCCCGAUGUGGUCCUGGUGUCGGCAGGCUUUGAUGCAGUGGAAGGUCAUCAAUCUCCUCUGGGGGGCUACAAUGUUUCUGCACAAUGUUUCGGUAAGCUGACGCAGCUGCUAAUGGGACUGGCAGGAGGGCGAGUUGUAAUGGCACUGGAAGGCGGUCAUGACCUCACUGCUAUCUGUGACGCUUCAGAGGCCUGCGUUUCUGCACUCCUCGGAGAUCUGUGUGACUCUGGGUUUCAAUGGCCUCCAGAGAAACCUUGUCCAAAGGCUUGUGCCUCCCUGGAGAGAGUAAUAGAAAUCCAGAGCAAACACUGGCCGUGUCUCCAGAGCUUGUCUCAAACCAGCGGCCAGUCCCUCCUUGCAGGGUCACCAGGGGCCCAGGGCCAGUCUGAGAGGGAUGAGGCUGAGACGGUCAGCGCCAUGGCCUCACUGAGUGUUGAUGUGGAGCAGCCAUGUUCAGUUCCUGAAAGCAAAGAAACCAGCAGGUCAACAGAGGAGCCAAUGGAGGAAGAGCCUGUCUUGUAAAGUGGAGCUCAUUCCCAGAGAAGACAAAAACACCUCCACCUCCUUCUAACACCUCCUGCUCCUCCAUAGUGUGUAUGUACAGACACACACACAUACACAGCACACACAUAGGUAGUGUGGGACUGAAUGCUUGUGGAGGACUCUGAUUGGCUGAAAACAUCCACACGAGGUAGGCGAGGCAAUCCUGUACAACAGCAGGAACGCAUCUGUUUUCCUCUGGUUCAUCCGUGAAAGGAGGUGCAGACGACUUGUUGGCAUCUCCGUGGAAACCAAAGACGAGGAGCAUCAGCAAGGUCUCAUUUUUCUAUACAGCACCAGUUCACAACAUCACCCGACUUUGUCCAGUUCUUCUUUUUUAUUUCCAAUCUACGCCUCUGUGUCCUCAGAGGAACGGAAUAAAAAAAAACUUUUAUCUGGUCGGAAUGUCGGACAUCGAGCGGACGACUUGUCUUCUUGAGUCUGUGUCAGUGAAAACAUCAGGUGAAACGUGUUUUUACAAAAUACUGGGGGAGCAAGAACUAUUGGUGCCUUUUUCUCUGUCUGAUAACACGAAUUAUUCAAUCAGAAUCUACAUUUCACUGCCAGUGCACCUCAGCCAAGCAAACAGCCAAUAAGGACUGAAGAACUGGUCGGAUGGAGAACACACGGCCACACAUAUACUGCUGUUGCUUUACUCACUCAGUGUAUAUCGUAUUGUUUCUUAUAUGUGUUUUUCAUCUGAAUGCCUUAGUUUUUCAUCUUUUUUUCAAUGAAGAUGGGAUCAGAGGAUUUGGUGAGCUGUACAUUUUUCAGGUAUUCCUAAAAAGACAUCGUCAGCACAAGUGGAAAUGUUUUGUUUUCUUUUUUUAUUUAAAAAAAGAAGAGGCUAAUUUGAAUGUUUGUAGUUAGGUUAAUGUAAAAUCAAUUCUGAGGAUACUAUCUCAGGAUAAGUUCAUCUUAUACAAAACAUGUGCAUCACAAUGCGGUCCUUCAAACCCAUCGGUUGUUUCUUUUAUAAGUCGUGUGACCUGAGCCCCCACCCUAUUCUCUUCUCUAAAGGAGAUUUUGGAUUCUGGCACUUUUUCAAAUAUUACAAUGGCUUCCCCUUGCUUUCAUUGUAUAAUUAACACUAGUAUUUCUUUUUUGGUGUAAUUACUGUCCACCAUCAAGUUGCACACUGUAACAUCACAGCAUGUGGUAGUGAGGUCUGUUUUUACUACAUCUGUACAUAUGUGUAUGAAUAAACUACAAAAUACUUUCUCCUUUGUAUGAAAAUGAAAAAAAAAACAAAUAUUUAAACAGUGUUUUAACCAAUCAAAUUAGAUUUCUGAAUAUAUUCUAUUGGAAAAUCUGAUAUUUUAAACAUUUGGCUAUUUGACAGGGAGCUAGUGCACGGCUUGAUGGCAACCACCGUCACCGCAGCCUGCUUGUUUGUUUGUUUACAGAUGCCAAGGGAUGAAUGGAUGUGUCUUUUGGUGGAGGAUGUUGCGCUGGCAGGACCAUUACUCUGUACCGCCCUCAUACAAUCAGCAGCAACUAAGGAGGUGUUCUAAAUGAAAGGUCAUGACUGGUUUAAUAGGUGGGUCCAGUGGGCAUGGCUUCAUAAUUCAACAGAAAUUUAUGGGCAUAGUCCUGAUAUCUCUAUUCAUUCAACACUUUGUGAGUUAUGUAACGCUAACGGUUAACGUUACCUCAUUUAACUACAGUAUGAGUCCAAUAAAAUCAUGUUUAUUGCUUACUGGCAUCUCCGUUUGUUAGCAAACAUGGUUAAGACUUUUAGUGCCAAAGAGUCACUGAUUGUACAGAAUGCAGAGGAAGUCUGAUAUGGAUUACUUCAGGUUAGCUGGAGGCAGAAGGAGCUGCGUUAAAAAAACUGUAAUGCAAAUUGUCGGCCAAAUGGUUACUUUAGUGCUUAACAUGAAUUAUAAUGUUGAAUAAAAAAGUACUUUUUUAAAUUACUCUGAAUGCUUUUUGGUUUUUUAGCCUAGAACAAAAACUUUUAAUUCUUCUUCCAAUAACUGAAUGAAUAAUCCACUCAGCACACAUAGGCCAGAAUGGUUCAUCAUAACAUGAUUAAAAAAGGGCUUUCAUUUCAUUUAGUUGAAAAAAUGGUAAAAAUCAAUAUUUCCCACCUUUUGUUGUUCCUCUGUUUAUCAGGUGCUAGCAUGCCAAGCUAAUAUUAAUGCUAUAGGCUCCAGUAAUGGCCUGCUUUAAUAUGCUCCUUGUAACAGGUAACCUUUAUCAAGGACAGCAUAAACACAAUGGUUCGUACGACCUUUUAAUCUCUGAUCCGUCACACUGGCCGUAUGGCGUCACAUGUUAAACUACUUCUGCGCAUGCAUUAUCUACCACCGCACAACAAAAUCACACAUGCGUGAGAAACUUCCGGUCCAAGAGGGAAAAAAUAGCUCUCUGCGCACACUGGGGAUGGUGCUCGGGAUCUCAUAGCUGCUCUCUUGAAAGCGUCUCUGCCCUCGGACCGUUUUUCCUGCUGCGCAACGGAAAAUGUGUUUUAACUGGUUGGGCAGAGACAAACCUCUUCUGUAAGCCUCCUCCUGAUUGGGCCUUGCAGACACAAUCACAGGGGAAGUAGUGUCAGGAAGCCUUUGACUGACAGCCUGUCAUCCAUAAAGGAAGACGACGGCUGGAUGCGGGACAGUGGGGGCGGCUUCUCCAACGUUUGCGGUAGGUGGGAUAAGUGUCAUUCAAAGGCACACAAAUUAAAACAAUUUCACCCAUUUGACUUGAGGACUUGACGACACUGAAUACAUUUGUGUCGUGUUUUUUGGCAAUUUGACUGGCCUCUAAAAACUACCGUCAGAAUGUUAUAGAAAAAUGUUGGCUCGUUAAAAAUCUAGGAUUAAUUCGCUCAUUCCCUUCAUGCUUUGGGUUUAGUCCAGUUGCUUUGCUUCUGUACAUUCUGUUGAACCAUAAGCUAAACUUUCUUGCUAAUUGCAAAAAUAUAUAUAUGGAUGACACAAUGAUUAAUAAAGCCCAGUUUAGUUAGUUAGUUACUUCACAAACAAACCACUUCAUCAACUGAAGAUGUAAAAACCUCAGAGCUGGACCCAUCUGUUUAACCAGUGCUGCUAAAAGCUUACAGGUCACAUAUACUCACAUUAGUUCACCUAACUGUAACCGGACAUGCAGAGCUGCAGCGGAAAUAUCGGCAUUCAGGUCACAUCCUUUCAAAGCAAUAUCAGAGUGAUGGACUUCAAAUACUGUUGGAUCCUACUGCAGUGUUGAUGUGAUAGCACAACAGAAAGCACGAGCACCUGGAUGAUGUGUGGGGGUUUAUCUGCCUUCAUACACUCUUGUUUGUGUUAUCUGUUUGGUGUCAGUCUAUGGGGCACCCUACACAGCAGUGUUGCUGUGGUAAACUUAUUGGGAAGUCAAAGGUGAGCAGUAAGAGCACCAAGUUUGAUGGUGCACGAUCUUGUCAGCGGCAAAGGUUGACAGAAGUUUAAUAAGCACAAAGAAACAGAGAAAUUCAAGGGACAUUUGGGUCUUUAAAGCAAAUGUGUUACCAUUAAUAGUUUCCCUGCCGGCAGCGUGUUGUGGUAUAAAAGUGAAAAAUUCCUUAGAUUGGUCAAGGGCUAAAAGCUAAUUAGACAAAACAUGAACCUGUUUACCUGUUGGAAAUCAGACUUUAUUAGCAGAUAUGGAAACAUCUGUACUUUUGCUUGACAUGUCAUUAUAGUUUGUUGCUUUCUCUGUCAAGCAGCAUAUAUUUUAAUAUUUGACUGGCUUCAUCGAUCUGCAGUAAGGAAGUCUAAGGAAUUUAAAAUGCACCAUUAGAUGUGUCACUACAGGGUGUGGAAAGCAAUGUUUUCUUACAUUUGUUUAUUUAUUUAUCCUGAUACUUUUUACUUUAUUUUGCUGAGACCAAAAUUACAACGAUCAAACCCAACCAAGCCGGUGGAGCUGGUGGCUGCUCUGUCCACACAUGGUUUCCACACCGGCUGUCUGCAGAAUCAUCGCUUUAAAGUUGUGAAGAUUUUUCACAGCUUUACUGAUGUUAAACAUAAUGAGGGGAAUCUCACCACACUUUAAUUCUUUUGCUUCUUAAACUGAUGCUGUAUAUUUCCUCACUCUUGAUACUGUGGUGUAACUGUAGUAUCCUUCUGUACAGUGGUGUGGGGGGAGUGGGGGCAGCUCUGGGCCUUCAUUCUGGAUGUCUUCUCCCUCCCCUCAGGAUUCAGGAGAGAUCUUCUCUCUGUUACAUUUUCUUCAUUUCUUCCUUCAUCACUGAAUUGUUUUCAGAAGACAGCGUUUCUUUGUGGUUACAGUUGUUGGAACUUAUGACAAACACAUUCCUGAAUCCUGUCCAUCUGUGAUGUUGAUUUUUAUUUUUUUAUUUUUGCUAAUUCUUUGCCGUUGCAAUGGUCUUUGUCUAGUUCUCGCUGAUUCAUGUAAAUAAAGUGCAUAUUUGUGUACACACGUGCAAUACACGCUACUCAAGCAAUCUAUUACUGUGACAAAUAUUGUUGAUAGUUGCUACAUUUUGAAGUUUCAGCCUCAUUUUGCUCUGUGUCCUGAUGAAGGGUGAUGGAUUCUAAAGGGAAAGCGACUAUUGUGAUUCCUCACCCUAAGUUUGAAUUCAGGGGUUUGUGGAAACUUAAUAAAGCCCUUUUGUUUUUGAGAACUCACUGUAAUGUUGUGGCGAUCUCAAGUUUUUUUUUUUAUUGUUAUUAUUAUUAAUACUAUUUUAAGUGGGCUUGUUAAAUUUGUCUGGAAACUCAAUAAAGCGAUUCACCAUU